GAGGCCUCUCUGUCCUUCCCCUUCCCCUCCUGUUUCCCUCCCCUUUAUUCUCGUCUUUCCCUCCCCUUUCCCCUCUUUUUUCCCCUCCCCUUUCCCCUCUUUUUUCCCUCCCCUUUCUCUUCCUUUUUCCCUUCCCCCUCCCCCUUCUCUUUUCCUUUCCGCUUCUCUCUUCCCUUUCCUCUUUCUUUUUUCUCUUUUGCCCUCCUCUUCCUUUUCCCCUUUGCCUCUUUCCUUCUCCUCCCUUAUUUCUCUUCCCCCUCUCUUUCUCUAUCCUCUCAGUCUUUCCCAACACCUCCUUUCCUCAACCCACUUUCCCCAGCCCUUCCCUUCCCAAAUCCCCCUCUCAAACACUUGAGCUUCGCCUGCCUCCUGGGGCUGAUUUGGAACCUGCGCUGAGCGUUCGGUCCCAUGUGUGAUGCCUGUGAUGCGGGUGGCGGGCGGGUGGGGGCCCUGGCCGGAGCCGGAGCCCCCGGAGCCCCCGCCGUGGGGACGGCCGAUGCCGUGGAGAGGCUGGCCAACAUGUGUCCGUUACGCUCUUCCGACGUAUUCUUCCUGAAGUCCAUUAUUCUAACUUGUGAGCAGUUAUGAGUACCCCAGGAGCUUCAGCAACAGCCACAAUGAAGCUAAAACAGAAUAUCAACCCUAUUCUUUUAUGUUUAAUAAACUUUGUAAUUUUGGUCUACACUAUUUUAACGUACAUUCCAUUUUACCUUAUAUGUGGAUCAAGGCAAGCAAGAUCCAAUCAACUUAAAGCAAAGCCUGUAAAUAGACAGCCUAAUGCAGCAUACCGUUCUAUUAAUAGCUUAUAUGGUUUGGCGUCAGUGCUCUAUCCUGGAUGUGAUACGCUAGAUAAAGUUUUUAAGUAUGCAGAAAUCAAAUUUAAAGAGAAAAGGCUUCUGGGAACACGUGAAGUACUAAUUGAAGAAGAUGAAGUACAGCCGAAUGGAAAAAUUUUUAAAAAGGUUAUUCUUGGAGAUUACAAUUGGAUGUCUUAUGAAGAAGUUUAUGUUCGAGCCUUUAACUUUGGAAAUGGCCUCCGGGUAUUGGGACAGAAGCCAAAGACUAACAUUGCCAUCUUCUGUGAAACCAGAGCAGAAUGGAUGAUUGCUGCACAAGCUUGUUUUAUGUAUAAUUUUCAACUUGUUACACUAUAUGCUACUCUAGGAGGUCCAGCAAUUGUUCAUGGAUUAAAUGAAACAGAGGUAACCAACAUCAUUACGAGUAAAGAACUUUUGCAAACAAAAUUGAAGGAAAUUGUGUCUCUAGUUCCUCAGCUGCGUCAUAUCAUAACUGUAGAUGGUAAGCCAACAACUUGGUCUGAGUUUCCCAAAGGUGUCAUUGUUCACACUAUGGCAGCAGUGCAGGCUUUGGGAGCAAAGUCAAACUCAGUAAAUACACCUGAAAACAGGCCUACACCCUCAGAUAUUGCUGUAAUCAUGUAUACAAGUGGAUCUACAGGACUUCCAAAAGGAGUUAUGAUCUCUCAUUCUAAUAUUAUUGCUGGUAUAACUGGGAUGGCUGAAAGGAUUCCAGGACUGGGAGAAGAAGAUGUUUAUAUUGGAUAUUUGCCUCUUGCCCAUGUGUUAGAAUUAAGUGCUGAGCUUGUUUGUCUUUCUCAUGGAUGCCGAAUUGGCUAUUCAUCACCACAGACUUUAGCAGAUCAGUCAACAAAAAUUAAAAGAGGAAGCAAAGGAGAUACAUCUAUGUUGAAACCAACCUUAAUGGCAGCUGUUCCGGAAAUCAUGGAUCGAAUCUACAAAAAUGUCAUGAAUAAAGUGAAUGAGAUGAGCAGUUUUCAACGCAACCUUUUUAUUUUGGCCUAUAACUACAAAAUGGAACAGCUUUCAAAAGGCUAUUGCACCCCACUUUGUGACAGGUUUGUUUUCCGGAAAGUACGAAGCCUCUUAGGUGGAAAUAUCCGGGUCCUGCUAUGUGGAGGUGCUCCACUUUCUGCAACAACUCAGCGAUUUAUGAAUAUCUGUUUUUGCUGUCCUGUUGGUCAGGGCUAUGGACUCACUGAAUCAGCUGGGGCUGGAACAAUCACUGAAGUUUGGGACUAUAAUACUGGUAGAGUUGGAGCACCAUUAGUUUGCUGUGAAAUCAAAUUAAAGAACUGGGAAGAAGGUGGAUACUUUAAUACAGAUAAACCACAUCCAAGAGGUGAGAUUCUAAUUGGUGGUCCGAACGUGACAAUGGGCUACUACAAAAAUGAUGCAAAAACAAAUGCUGAUUUCUUUGAAGAUGAACAUGGACAGAGGUGGCUCUGUACGGGAGAUAUUGGAGAAUUUGAUCCUGAUGGAUGUUUAAAAAUUAUUGAUCGUAAAAAGGACCUUGUAAAACUUCAGGCAGGAGAAUAUGUUUCUCUUGGAAAAGUUGAGGCAGCUUUAAAGAAUCUCCCAUUAAUAGAUAACAUCUGUGCAUAUGCAAAUAGUUAUCAUUCUUAUGUCAUUGGAUUUGUUGUGCCAAAUCAGAAGGAACUAACAGAGCUAGCUCGACAAAAAGAACUUAGAGGGACUUGGGAGGAGAUCUGUAACAGUCCUGAAAUGGAAAAAGAGGUGCUAAAAGUGCUCUCUGAGGCAGCUGUUUCAGCAGGUCUGGAAAAGUUUGAAAUUCCAGUAAAAAUUCGUUUGAGCCCAGAUCCAUGGACCCCCGAAACUGGCCUGGUGACUGAUGCCUUCAAACUAAAACGCAAAGAACUUAAAACACAUUAUCAAGAGGACAUUGAGCGAAUGUACGGAGGGAAAUGAUCAUUCUCUUUUUGCACCUGUUUGCUACAGUGAGCUCAGAUCAAAUAGGAAAAUACUUGAAUUGCAUGUCUCAGUCUUUGAGACAAACACCAUUCCUCAUUUUAAGCCUAAACUGUUAUUUCUCAUGACAUCACCAUCUUUAACUGACAGGAUUAGUAAAAUUUUAAGACAGCAAACUUGUGUCUGUCUCUUCUUUUUUUUUUCACCCCCCCCAAUUUACUUCACUACCUAUGACUAUAUUUGUCAGUUUGUGGAUUUUCCUGAAUCAUAUUGGGGAAACUGAUUUUAAAAUCUCAAAAUUUUUAAAAAUGAUUUAUAUAUCCUGUAUAAUGUUCAGUUUGUAACUUUUUAAAGUUUGGUUGUAUAGAGGGAUAACUAAGAAAUAUUAGAAAUGGUUGCUUUUGGGGCCUUUUUUACUUACAGUAUUUAAAAACAAAAGGAUAUUGAUGUGAAAUUAUGUAAAUUUCAAAUGCUUAUGAAUCAAAUCAUUGUUGAACAGAAGAUCAGACUUGUUGUUGUGUAAUUAUUGUCUUGUAUGCAUUUGAGAGAAAUAAAUAUAUUCAGGCUUAUGAUUUAAGAGAUCAACAUCUUGUGAAUAUGUGCCUGACAAUUUCUUCUUUAAAUAUUUAAUUUUAAAACGGGAAAUAAUGAAGUUUGGUCAUGGCACUGUAUAUAAUGAAGCAAUACUACAGGUCAUUAUUAAUUCAGAAGAUAUUUAACGUAGGAAGUAUAAUGCCAGUUAGUAACUCUCCUCUAAUGGUUUUACUUCAAAAUUUAUCCAGACAAUUUUAUACAAUUGUUAAAACUGGGAGGACACUGAAACUGUUAAAGGAAAACAACUCUGAAGGUUCGGCAAGAUAUUUUUUAAAGAUGGUAGUUUAAAAAGCCAAACAUCUUUUUUCUACAUCAGCCUUAAAAACAUUCAGGUUUCUAUAUUUUGCAACACAUGAAUCAUUGAAAACUGUCAUAUCCCCUAGCUGUGGUCCAAAUGGCUUGAUUAUUUCUUGUUUUUAAAUUUAGGAUUAUUUUCUUGGAUAUAAAUUUGCACCAGGUUGUAUUUAUUUUACAUGGUAUAUGUUAGUUGGAUAUUUGAGUAAGUCCUUCUUGUAAAAAAGUCUUCAACUUUUCCCCUUUGCUAAAUUACAAAUGUUUUUUAUCUUGAAGGAUAUGAAUAUGAUAUAUGAAUAAAAAUGGGGCCAUCUAGGAUUGAAAAAAGUGUUCUCAUCAAGGUUACGUGAUAAUUUAGAAGAUAUUCUUCUUAUUAACUUUUAAAUUAGAGAACUGUUAAAAUUUAAUUUCCAGGUUUUUCUGUAUCACUAGACACUUGAUUCCUAUAAUGCUGCCUGUCUAAUAGAUAAACUUUUUGAAGUGCUUUAGAAUUUAUAAAACAUUACCCAAGGAAUUAGAGAAUAUGACAUCAAAGAUGAUCACACAAAUUGAAAUUGCACAAAUCAAUGCUUUUUAAUUUAUUGGCACACUUUUCAGCAACAUGUUACAUGAAAUAUUUUUUUACCUAUUAACGUAAAAGCACAGUUCAUAGAAGUAACUGCAUCUCAGCUCCUUUAAACAUAAAAACAAAGGCAAAGAUAUUAAAUAUUUGGCCUAGAUAACUUGGGUAAGAUUUUUGAAUGUUGAGCGACUUAAGACAAAAUGGAUGUAUGUUGCUUGGUUGGAAGGCUUUGGUUGCAUCACAAAGGUAUCACACCUUGAGAAAUAGUUUUUUUAUUUUUUGUUUUUGGCUUUUCUUAUCAUGUAUUUGUAUAUUUCUCUCUGCCAUAUAUGUUUUUUUUAUAGUUUAAACCAAUUGCCCUGAGGAAGUGCUUUUUUAAGAUGAGAGAAAUUAAAGGAAGAACAAGAAGGCCUUCUUUCUACAUCAACAUUAAUAUAAUUUAUGAAGUAGAAAGUCUUGAAUUCUAGGAAAAUGGAGAUUAGAAACAAUUAAAUUGCCCCAGUUUAUUGCAUAUAUUACAUGACAAAAGAAUUAAGAAGGGUAAAAAAAUGUAGAUUUGUAGGAAAACAACUCAUAAAAAGAAGCAAGGUUCACAUGCCAUUUGAAGCCAGGCUUUUUUUUGACCUUGUAGAAUAAAAUUGCUCCACAGUGGGAGCAUUUUUCUAAUUUGGGAUUCUGUUGCAUUCUGCAAUAUACUUUCUUUCAGGUGGGGGAUAUGCUUAAGAAAAGUAGAAUUUAGUUAGAAAAGAUUAGAUAACCAAUUAGCAUGUAUUUCAGAACUGAAAAAUAUAUUUUCUUUUUCUUUCCAGAAACAGCUAUUGAGACUUAGCUGACUUCAUUAUCUACCUAGUCUCUCAUUUGUUGAUAGGCUUAGAGUGGAACAUUGGUUCAGUAGGCCAAAUCUGAGCCAGAUUCCUAUAACCACAGCAAAACAAGAAUGUUGAGACUAAGUAUAUAGAACAAAUACUAUUCAUCCUUCAAUUAAUCUUGCAUUGUCAUCAUUAGGAAAAUUAAAUAAUUUUAAAAUGUUUUAUUGUGAGAGAUACUGAGUUAUUUUGGUGACCUGACAGAUAAGAAAGGAAAUAAAUAAGUUCUAAGGUGUUUUCCUUGGCUUUGGCAUUGUUUCUGAAAAUAUUAAAAUAAAUUUUGAACUAUGUCAAAUUCCAGAUAGAAGACAUUCUUAAUAGGGAGGUUUCCUGGAUUGAUUGGGAAAAUAAGAUGUUUGAAGAGUUCUCACAAGUUUGUUGCAAUAAUCUCCGUAAUUCUUUCUUUGAAGAUCAGAUGUGCUCACCAAGGAAGCAUUCUUCUGUUAGUAGUUUGCUGAAAUGAAAGUUAAAUGCAGUGCAAAAUUGAGUCAAUGGCAUUAGGUGAUGUCAAUUCUCUAAGUAAUAAUCUUUUUAAAAUGUCGACUUGAUAACCUCUAUAAAAUCCCGUGGAGCUUGUCUAUUUUUCCAGCACCUGCCAGUAAGAAUAAGAUAGCCUGGCAUACAUUUUUCUAUUUGCUGCCAAAAUUCACAAGCUUAUAAACAUUUUUGUAUUUGAAUUCUUAGAGACCCUGUGAUGCAACUUUUUUUUAAAGCUGUGAUGUGUGUUCAUUUCUUGGGCCUGUAAGAAAAUUGUAUACAUCUGUGUUUUAUAUAAAGUGGUCCACUUUUAAACAGUGUAUAUAUUGGACCAUGCUGAAAAUGUAACCGAAUGACCAGUUGUAUAUUGUAAUUGGUUAUUUAAUGUAAACUCAUUUUCAAUGUAUUCUUGGUUGUCGCUCUUACCUGCCUGAAAAAAAGUGUAUAUCAAAGAGUUAUGUUGUAUGGAUUAUUUAUUUGUAAUUGGACAAGUUUCAAGAAUAAAGAAAUGUAAAAUAAGUUUCUUAAGUUAAA